AUGGCAGCUGCGACGAUGGAGUGGCCGGUUGCGCGCCCCGACGGAUACGCCGACGCUUACGUCGACGACGACGAUGACGAUGAUACCGUCGUCCUGGUGGAAUAUCCCGGCGCAAACGUACAGCAGCGGAUGCCAGCAGCUCCCCCGGCGGACAGUACAACGGCGGAAGCAGACCAAGAUGGGCCUGUCGCUGGUACUACCUCAACCAAGAGUAGCAGCGCCGUCGGCGGCCGUGACAUUGGCUCAUCCCCGGCCAACACGCAGCCGCUUAUCACCAGUGUCGGAGAGGCCGACGACGACACACCCGCCACAGAGGAGGAUUUUGUACCUCCUAAGACAAGCGCAGAAGAUAUCAGACCGGCGGCGACAACGCCUCCCCGGUCUCCUACUGUCACCACGCAGCCGCUUGACAGCACUGUCACAGAGACCGGCGACGAGGCACCCGCCGAGCAGGAGGAUUCUCUACCUCCAACAGCAAGCACAGAAGAUACCAGACUGACGGCAACGACACCUCCCCCACCUUCUACUGCCACCACGCUGGAGCCGCCAAAUUCGACCGCCACCAUUGCCAGCUCCGACAUGGACUCUGUGCGCUCGCAAUUCUCGUCGCCGCUGCUACAGCGCGCGGAACAUGUCGACGCUCCAGAAUCGCCGCUCAGCGACGUGAGCGAUAUCGCAGAGUUCGACUACGACUACGACGAGGCUUCAGGCGGCCAUCGCUUGAUCCGCCUCAAGCCUACGGCCGCGCAGUGGGACGACUUUCCCGCGCUGCUCGCCUUUGCGCGAAAGCUCGGCGCAUGCGAGGAUGGCUGCUUCAAGCUCAAGCUGCCAGCCGAUCUGCAAGGCCCACUGCCGUCCAAGGCCAAGCAAACCCUGCCUGCCAAUGCCUACAAAGCGAAGCUGAUUCGCCGGACGACAUUUUGGCAACUGAGCACGGUCAGGGCCGAGGGCGAGUUUUACAGCCCCGCGGACGUCGACGUGGAACCGUCAGAGUCCGUCGACGACACGCUCAAGACGCUCAAGACGAUUUUCCACAGAAAUAAGGGCAGGCAGAUGCGCAAUGUACGAUAUAGACCCGACGUACCCGCCUGGAACAGCGACCAGCGCCGGGAAGCUGGCGUCCCGCCCGACUGGAGUCCCAUCCAUCCGUUGCGCGGCGACAUGCUGGACCGCACCAAGGCCGUGAUCCCCGGCAUCCACACCCCGUACGUCUACGAGUCGGCGCCGCACUUUGGCGCCACCUUUCAGAUCCACGCAGAGGACUACCGCCUGCUUUCCCUCAACCACCUCUACCGUGGACGCAAGAUUUGGAUCGUGGUCCCGUGCACGGCCAUUGACGUGGCCGAAAAGGCCCUCGGUCGCGGCGCCGACGGUUGCUCCCAGUUUAUGCGGCACCGCGCGGAAUUCUUCUUUCCCGAAAAGCUCGACAAGCUCGGCAUCCCUUACCGCAUCGUCGACCAACGGCCCGGAGAGACUAUUGUCAUACUCCCCGAUGCGUACCACGAAGGGUACAGCACGGGGUACACUCUCGCAGAGGCCAAGAACUACGCCGACGAGGAAUGGAGCACCGAGACGUACAAGCCGUGCGCGGCAAACUGCCAGCUCCUCACGGCGAUUCCGGCCGAUUACAUGCGCAUCAUGUCAGACGGCGAGGAAAGACUCGACCUGUGUGCGCUGCAUGAUCAGCAAGUCGCCGAGGAACUGAAACGAACGGCGGACGAGAUGGAGCUUGGCGACCAUGAUGCACAUGACGGAGAAGCGAAGCGGAUCAAGGUUGAGUGA